GAGUGAUUCUUAUUCCACUCACUCUCUUUCUCUCAACUCCCAGUGGGUUCAUGGAGUCGUCUCCCUCGCCCUUUCUCUCAACUCCCAGUGAGUUCAUUUCAUGGCGGAAAGUGCGGCAUCCAUUGCCCCAUUUAUGCCCACCAAUGCUCUACUGCCGCAGCCGAUAUGGGCGGAAGCUUCCGACUGCCUGUUGUACUAAUCUCGGGCCGGUUGCUGCCGGCAAAACAUCAAUAGUGGAGCAACCUGGAGGCAGGAUGGUGGUCGAGCUGGUGGGUGCAUUCAAUGACUUGACGGAGAAAUUCCCGGUCCUGUCAACGAGCUCCUCUCGCCUUCUCUUCAAGACCCUCAAGCGCUCCAUCCCCCUGCUCCUGGAGUUGCCAGUGGCGGCGGACGGACGGCCUCCGCUCUCAAGAGCUCUUUCUGUUGCUUGCAUCCUCGCUGAUCUUCAGAUGGAUGCCGAAGUAAUUUCAGCUAGCACACUGCGGGAGCUUGUAGAAGCAGGUGUAAUAACCCUGGAAAGUGUGAAAAACCAAAUUGGGACCGGUAUUGCUCAUCUGCUGCAUGAAUGCCUCAGAGUAAGAGAUACUCCAUCCAGGAUAGAUAACAUUGAUGAUGAUAAUGGCACUAUGUUAAUGAAAUAUUGCUUGACCUACUAUGAUAUCAGAGCAAUCAUCUUGGAACUUGCUUUUAGGCUUGACAAGAUGAGGCACUUGGAUUGCCUCCCAAGACAUCAGCAGCAGAUACAAUCUCUUCAGAUUAUAACGAUAUAUGCUCCCAUGGCUCAUGCUGUAGGCAUUAAUGCAUUGUCUCUGGAACUAGAGGACCUUUCUUUCCGUUACUUAUUUCCUCGUUCCUAUACUUACCUUGACAGAUGGUUGAGAAGCCAUGAAACAGGAGGCAGACCACUAAUUGAUGUGUAUAAGGAACAGCUGCUUCAGGCCUUGCAAGAUGAUCAUGUGCUAAAGUGCUUGGUGGAGGAUAUAUCAGUCCAUGGUCGAUUUAAGAGUCGUUUUAGCACAAUGAAAAAGCUUUUGAAGGAUGGCCGUCAGCGAGAGGAAGUGAAUGAUCUCUUAGGACUGCGAGUUAUUUUAAAGCCCAAGUCUGAUGGAGAUGCACUCGAGAGAGGUAAAGUUGCCUGCUAUAGGGCACGUGAGGUGAUCCAGGCUUUAUGGAGAGAAAUUCCUCAUAGAAUGAAAGAUUACAUUGCAAAGCCAAAGGCAAAUGGGUAUCAAAGUUUACAUAUGGCAGUUGAUGUUAGUGAUGCUGGUCAGCAUAAACCUUUGGUAGAAAUACAGAUCCGAACCACCGAAAUGGAUGCGCAGGCUGUUGAUGGAUCUGCCUCACAUUCUUUAUACAAAGGUGGUCUAACAAAUCCAGAGGAGGCCAAGCGGCUCAAGGCGAUUAUGAUGGCUGCUGCAGAACUUGCAGCUUUACGUCUUGAUGAUCAUCCUCCAGGUCAAAUGUCAGGCAUCAGUGGUGAUCAGAAGAACCAUGUCUUCCAUCUUCUUGAUAAGAAUGAGGACGGCAGGAUCAGUAGUGAGGAGCUCAAAGAAGUGAUGGAGGAGCUUGGAGCUGAUAGGGAAGACGCUAUGGAAUUAAUGCAGCUUAUUGAUGCAAACAAUGAUGGAUCUUUGAGCUCUGACGAAUUCGAGUUAUUUCAGAGACAGGUCCGGAGCAUGCGUCGGUUGGAGGCUAAUGGUGAUCCAUCUAGGAGCCUGCUUGGUGAGAAACUUCACACUGCAGAAGUCAAUGGCUAGGCAUGGCACGGAAAUGUUGCCAGAAUUUUCUGAUCGCUCUCAAGCAAAGUCAUAUCACCUUCCCUGAUCCAGUUGCAUCGUGGAGUUUGGUACCACAAAGAAUACUACAACUGUAACAUAUAUGUAAAUCAAAACGAGUUUUAUAUGAUUAUGUGUACAUGAUCC